GCGGAAACGUGGCCGUUUACUGUGGCGUCACAGCGGCCGGCCCCGCGUUCCUGUAGCUCCGCGGUGGAGCAGGAUGGCAGCGGCGGCGGUGGCUGGUGCGCGGGCAGCAGGUCCCGGCCAGCCGAGGCGGGGCGCGGCCGCGGCGCCCGUCUGAAGCUCGGCGGAGGAGGCGGGCGGCGGUCCCUCCUUCCUGCUGCCGCCCGGCAUGGAGACGGCCGACCUGGAGUGGCUGCUGGGCCCGAUGCAGCAGCUGGUGUCGUGGGGCGCGGCGGGGGCCAUGGUGUUUGGCGGCGUGGUGCCCUACGUGCCCCAGUACCGCGACAUCAAACGGACGCAGAACGCCGAGGGCUUCUCCACCUACGUGUGCUUGGUGCUGCUGGUCGCGAACAUCCUGCGGAUACUCUUCUGGUUUGGAAGGCGUUUUGAAUCCCCUCUUUUGUGGCAAAGCAUUAUCAUGAUCAUUACUAUGUUACUGAUGCUGAAACUGUGCACUGAAGUACGUGUGUCCAACGACCUAAACAUAAAACGCCGGUCUUUUUCAGCUACAGAUAGUAAGGAUGAAGAAAUUAAAGCACCUCCCAAGAGAUCUUACCUGGAUUUUGACUUGAACUAUUUUUGGCAUUGGAGCAAGUUUACGGACUAUGUGCAGUGUGUCCUGACCUUCACUGGCGUCACCGGUUACAUCACUUAUCUCUGGCUUGAUUCAUCUCUCUUUGUGGAAACCUUGGGCUUCCUUGCAGUUUUCACAGAGGCCAUGUUAGGUGUUCCUCAACUCUACCGUAACUACCAGAAUAGGUCCACAGAAGGAAUGAGUGUUAAGAUGGUGCUGAUGUGGACCAGUGGGGACACCUUCAAGACUGUUUACUUCAUCUUGAAUCAGGCCCCGUUACAGUUCUCCAUCUGUGGACUCCUGCAGGUUUUUGUGGACAUGGCUAUCCUCCUACAGGUUUACUUGUACAGCUCCUACCCGCAGAAGCCCACAUCCCACACCACACACCCUGCCAGUACCAAGGCUCUGUGAGAUGUGCACCAGGCUGGGCUGCAGUCCCAUGGCACUAGAGAGUCAGCCAUGCACCUCCUCUUCCACUUCUAAGUACUCCUGCACUGCUGAGUUGAAAGCAGAAAUGAGAACAAGGAUUGAAAAUCUGGCUGCGCUUCCAGCUCUGGAGGAUUUAUUUGAAAUAACUUGCUCUCUCUGUUCUCAGUCUUUGCUGUGUGUUUCCUGGUGGGAUGGGGGCACUUUAUUUUUGCAUAUGUACCUAUGAGCCUUAUCAGUUCACAUAUGUUUGUAUAUUAAUCACAAGGGCUAGAUGUUUUGUUUCUGAUGCUAUUUAAAAAUGUUACACCACAGAAAUUACAGGUUAUUUUGUCUGAAACUUUUACCUGUUUUUAUAAUAUAAAGUCUGUAUAUCCGUAGGAAGGUUGUGGCAUAUGUUAGCAUUCAGUAUCUCCACGAUCUAGGAAGUGUUGAAGAGCAAAUGCAGGAGCUUUCUCUUUUUUUUCUUGAAGAAGGGUGUCUAGUAAGCAGAGAGGGAAAGGGAGAGAGGCCCUGCAAAGAGAUGAGCAACUGAAAACAAAGCUGGCACGUACAGCAUCAGCAUGCAGAAGAGCGAGUGGUAGACGCUGAUGCCUGCUCAGUGAGGCAGACAGAUACAUCAGGGUGAGGAAUGGAGUCCACAUAUGGGCGAUGCUGCACCACACGUAAAGCAGGCACAGCCAGUCGAGUGGUCAGCCAUCAGGAGAAGUGAACAGAAGACUGCAGGAGGGGCUGUAACUGAGUUUUGUGUUGAUGCAGCAAGAUUUGUGGACAGGCCACACUGUGCUCAGGGUGCAGCGCUGUCACAAACGCAGAGGCCAGUAGAUGUGCAUUGCCAGUAUUGGCAAGAGGUACUUCUGGUUGGCAAAUGAGAGCCGCUGAGUGUCUCCACUUUCAUUGCCUCUGCCUCAGAGCAGGCAGUGAAAAAGUCUGGAAGAGUCCUAUUCUUAUGGACUCCUAUAGGACUCGUGUCUGACCCCUUGAUUUGUGGAGACUGAGAUUCAUAUUUGUGCUGCUUAAUGCCAAACAAGAACCAGUUUGUAUGUUCGGGUGUUUCUGGCAUUGACUCAGCAUGGAAGGGGUCAACAUUUUCUUUUUUCUGUUUCUUAAGAUCUUCCAAGCUCUUAGGAGAACCAACGGUUAGAAAAGGGACCGGGGCAGAGAGUUUAUUUAUAGAUAUAGAUGUUGUCUGUGCUGGCUGUUUGCCAACCUAGGUCACCAUGCCCUUUCUGAGCACUGCAUGUGUCUGUGGGUGGUGUGUGACCUGCAGGGAGCUGUGGCCAAGCCCCUGCGCUUCUGCCUGUUGCUGUAAGGAAACUGCUGCCGUUGGUGUGAGGCAGCUGCAGUGAGACCCCAGCCCAGCUGAGGUUUGCCUUCCUCCCAGCGAGACUCCCUCCCUGCUGCCGGCAAACCCUGGGUGACUGCAGGCAUGGCAAUAGGGAUGGGACAGAUUCCUGAAAAUAGUUCUGUUUUGGUUUUUUUUCUCCAAGAUUAGCAUAAGAGCUUAUGUUUUUUUUAUCAGUGGCACCAAGUCUGAGAUUUAAUAAUACCUUUAGUAUGUAAAUCAGGUACACUGCUUUAUUUGUGACCUGAGUCUGGACUGUCUUCAGGGGUGGCAAGCCAUCCUCUGGUGGGCAGCUGCAGCCGUAGCUGCAUGACUCUGGGUUGGAAAUGCCCAUCGCGAGGCAGGGAACAGUAAGAGAGCCCUGCAGGCAGCACCACUUGGCAGAUGCAUGCCCCUCUCGCUCCAAGCAGCCCAGGCUGAUGUCAAGGCUCCUGAUGCAUGUGCCAUUUUGGCAUGGACACACUGGUGGCAGAGAGCAGAGGUCGUGCUUGGAGGCUGGGCCACCCUUCCUUCAGCGGGGCACUGCUGGAUGGGGAGGGAAGAGGCUCCCUCAGGAACCCACUGUCCAGUAGAUCUGGCUGAGCAGAGCUGUUUUGAGGGCUGGGCCCAGCUGCUUUUUCUGGAUGCUGCCGCCACACUCCCUGUUCGACACCCUACUCUUUUAGGCCUGAAGUGACCUUACAAUGACAAUGUACCCUGGCAUGGCAGGCUAUGAAUGUUUUGUUCCCCCUUUUCUUCAAUGUUCUGAUUGUGUUUAAAGAACAGCUUGGCUUUUGUCUUUUUUAAUCAAAAAUGUGAUUAAGAACUGGCAUCUCUGGAAUGCUGCUUUAAUGAGGAUUGUAUUUCUACUGUAUGCAAAUGAACACUUUCCUGUGCGUUUUAAUGGUCUGGGCUUUUUUUUUUAAAUAACUUGUAAUGAUAAGAUUUUUGUAUAUGAUAGUCUUUUUGUAAUCUAUGAAACGGGGAUAUCAGAAAUACCUGGGUGUUAAGAAAUAUGCUUCUGUAUGUUACAGCUUCACUUGGGAGUGCACACUUUGGCCACGUCUUUGAACGUGAACUAUAGGUAUUACUGAUAUAAAUUACUUGUUCUUUCCUUAUGGGACUCUUCCCUGGGCAGAUUCUUGAAUCUGUCACCAGUACCCAGACCAGUCUCAUUCACAGCAGAGCUGCAAAUACUGGAAGAGAAGCCAGUGAAAACACAUCUAAUCUUCUGUAUGUGGCAUUGAAUAAGGUAGGACUCUUGGCCAGGAACUCCUGAAUAUCACUUUACAAGAUGCUUUACAGAGAAAAAUGUUACAGAACUUUGUUCUUUAUUUGCUGGGAAGUAUCAGCAUCAAUGAUCACCUCAGAUAUUAAGAAAUGAAUUACUUCAAAUACAUCUCUUUUAAUUUCAUGGAGUUUGUUUUCUGUCAGUUACAAUGUUUUUUUAAAUAAAAAUUACGUAUUGCACAUAAAA